UCUCACGACUUUGUGUUUGAGAAGGAGCGGACGGGGCCAGACCCAGUAUAAAAAUCUUAAUGUUUGGUUUGCAUUGCUUACUGUCAAGUCCGCACGCCGUGUAGCGUAAACUUGUGGGUGUUUUGAUAAACGGUCACCUUGACGUCAUGCCUUUCCAUGUGCUGUUGGAGGGGAUGGGGACAGGCCCGCAGAUACCAGCACACCUGACCAGGAUUUCCAUUUCACUCAUCACCACCAGCACUGACUUAACCAACAAAGUAGUUAAGGGAAAAGUGGUUCAAAAAGGGCCGCUGGUGUCAUUAGCACCUGACAACUUUAUCCUGAAGACUGUCAUCCAAGAAGAAGAUUCUGAGUUGAAUGCCUCGUCUCAGAAUCUAUCUAUUAACGUCGUCCUUUUUGGAGAACUGGCCAAGAACUUCAGCCAAGGUGUCAAUCAAGAGGAUAUGGUGGUGGCCGCUGGCUUCACCAUGAGCAAAUCUCCCACAGUUCGUAAGGACAACCUGCACCCAUUUAACCUGCUGCUGUCUGGAGAUGACGCCUGCAUUUAUGUGUUCCGUCCAAAGCCUCCUCCUGACGACAGAUCUUUGCUGGCCAACAGAAGGAGUUCCACGCUCUCUGCUGAGGUUUCCAGGAAAACUAAAGUUCCAAAAUACACAUAUGUCCGACUGGGUGACCUGACGGCUGGGUCUGUUGUUAACGUGUAUGGCGUGGUGGUGUUCUUCAAACAGCCGUUUAAGAGCCGUGGCACAGACUCCUGCUCCAUCCUGAAGAUCACUGAUCAGUCCAACCAGAACAUCACCUGUAGCAUCUUCUGUGAGAAGCUGGAGGACCAUCCCAAAAUCUUUCAAAUUGGAGACAUUGUCCGCAUGCACAGAGUCAAGGCUCAGUUCUUCAAAGACUCCAUCUCGCUUGUCAACACCUUUGGUUUCUCUGUGGUGACAUUUGAUGGGACAGUAGGUGGAGCUAUGGAACCGCGAACAUCUAGCCGCUCUUUUCACUUCAACCAGGAGGACCGGCAGACAGUGGAGGAGCUGCGAUCCUGGGCCUCAAGCCAAGCUCUCUUCCCCACAGUUUCUGCUGCAAUCCACCUGUCUGCUGUGCAGCCCAAAUCUUACUUUGACCUGAACUGUCAACUGCUGGCCAAAGCCCCCAUAGACUCCACCUGCAUCCUGCUAAGGGUGUGGGAUGGGACCAGAUGUCCUCAUACUCUGCUGAAAGUAAAUGUUGAGCCAAAUGUAACAGAAGGGCCAUCUUCCUUCUCCAAGGAGAAAGAGAACAUCAUCGCCAAUGUCUUUGUCUACGACAACCAUCUGGAUUGUGCAAGGAAACUGAAGCUUGGGUCCUUCUUGAGGAUCUACAACCUUCGAGCAAAUCCAGGACACAGUAAUGUCCCGGGCCUCACUAGCAGCCACUCAGUGGAUCACCUGGCUUUUCACCUGCACGGAGGAACGUCAUAUGGCAGAGGGAUACAGGUUCUCCCAGAAGACAGUCUCGACGUACAAGAGCUAAAGAGAGUCUUGGAGGCCUUCCCACAUGAUGACAUGAAUGAACCCUUUGACCUGAAUGACUCGGCACUGUUGGAGGUCUGGAGCACUCCACCAGAGUUGCUGGAUGGUAAAGCAGUAAAGUCCAGCACAGAGAGGGGCGACAGUCCUGACAUGCCACUGAUGACACUGUCUGAGCUGAAGCAGUGUGAACUGAGUCGAGUUCACCAUGUCAGAGCCCAGCUGAGGUCCUAUGAACCACGCAGACUCCACCAGGCUCUGAAACUCUACUGCAGCAAGUGCACAUCAAUGCAGGAAAUCCCAGAUGAAGAGCUGGUGGCAGGAAUCUUCUCUGAGGCAUCCAGUGACUAUGAACCCUGUAAUGCCCCACCAUGGGCGUUACUGUCCGCUUUCCUCACAGACUCCCCAGUGUCCCCAGAUCGAGCUCUGACACUUCUUCUGCCCAGACAGCUCAUGUCUGAUGUCAAAACCAAGGGGCUCAUCUUCCUCAUGGGUACAACUCUGGAGGAAACGUAUCGACUAGCAGCCAGCUACCAGAACAUCGUCCCAGUGAGGUCAUCAGGACGUGAGAUUACUCUGCUUGACCUGUCAGCACCUUUUCUGUUCAGAGGGAGGAAGAGACACUAUGGGUGUAAGCAGUGCUCUGAGACUGUACUGAGGGACCCAAGUGCUGAGGGAGUCAAGGUGAUCGAUGAGAAGGUCGUUGCAGAAGUUCUCGGCGUUCAGCUGCUGCAGUGCGUCCUGCUGAUGAAGCUGGAGCUGCAGGAUGCUACUGACACCCUGGAAGUCUUCCUGUGGACACACGCUGAGUCGUUCUUCGGUGUAUCUGCAGAGGACGCAGCAGCCAAUCAAGAGGCUCAGAACAGCAUCCGUCAAACCAUGGAGUCCCUCUGUCCACCAGGAGGCAGCAUGGACCAACAUCCGUGGCUCGACUUGUUUCUGACGGCAUACCAAACGAAGGAUGAUGUGGGGCAGAAUCAGACCUGUUAUCAGAUCUGUCAGACCACCCUCAUCAAACCCCCUCCACAGAAUCGGACCCCGACCCCUCCUGAACCACCUCCACCUCCAUCUCCAGGGUCAGAGAUCACCAGUGCAGGAUAAAACCAGUUUACACCAUUGUGGUGUUCAUCAUUUUGUUCCUUUCUUCGGCAGUUUCUUAUUUGUGUUUAUUGUGUAAAUGUAUAUAAAAGUAAGACAUGAAACGAUCCUGUAUAGUUCAUAGUGUUAAAUGACUCUUUCUAAAUAAAAGACCAAACAGUAUUGUUUGAUAGAUUGCUGAUAUUUUGCAACUGGACCUGCGUAUGAGAUUAAACACUGAAUCCUCUCUGA